AUGGCAGAAGUAGAGGAUGAAGAAAUCCGCCAAGCAGCUUUAGAAGGUAGACCAACCUCUGUUGUAAGAAUGUCUUUGCUUGAAGGUCAUGAUAGACGUCGAUACAAUCUUCCUUCCCAUGAGGAAGUUGCUAUUGUGUUUGUGGGAGAUGAUGGUGCUCCACCUGCAUCCAGGGAAAUUGUUAUAUACCCUCGAGGUCAGCCUUUAAGAACAAUUUCGUCUAUGCUUGCUGUUAGACAAACUUUUAGUCCUAUAUUCUAUGGUAAGAAACUUUUUCAGCAAUAUGUUGUUGAUGCAUAUGUCAAAGUUGAGGGACAGCGCCUUGCUUUUAUUAGAAAUAGCCAAAACAAACUUAGAAGUGAGCAAUAUGAUGCAUUGCAUGAACAUGUAAUUAAUCGUGCUAAUGAUCUUAAUGUAAAACCAGGCCGUGUUGUUAUAUUGCCUUCUUCAUAUGUUGAGGAUAUUUUUAAGCAUGGAGUCUUAGGCAAAGUUGUAAGUCAUGUGCAGGUUAUUGAGUUUCAAAAGCGUGGUUUGCCACAUGUACAUAUUUUAUUGCACUUUGUAAAUGCUGAUAAGCUAGAAACAGCAGAAGAUAUUGAUAGUUUGAUAUCAGCAGAAAUCCCAGACCCAGCUGUUGAUCCUGAACUUUUUGAAAUUAUAAAAUCAUGCAUGAUACAUGGACCAUGUGGAAUUUUAAAUCCCAAUUCUCCCUGCAUGAAAGAUGGUAAAUGCACAAAAAAAUUUCCUAAGGAAUUUAAUCCCCACACUGUUGCAAUUUUUAAUGGUUAUCCACGCUAUAGGCGCGUCGAUAAUGGAAGAAUUGUAAAUAUAAAAGGUAAUCAAGUUGACAACCGUUGGGUUGUACCUUAUAACCCAUGGCUUUCUAAAAAAUAUCAAGCACACAUAAAUGUUGAAGCCUGCAUGACCAUAAAGUCAGUUAAGUAUUUAUAUAAGUACAUUUACAAAGGGCAUGACUGUGCCAAUGUGGUGAUAAAUGAGCAAGUUAACCAUGAUGAAAUAAACACGUUUUUAAAUUGUCGCUAUGUCUCAGCUCCAGAAGCAUUGCGGCGAAUAUUUGAGUAUUCUUUAAGUGAUAUGUCACAUAACAUCAUUCGACUUCAGGUUCAUCUGCCAGAUAAUCAGAUGAUAUAUUUUGUAGAAGGCAAAGAACAGGCAGCUUUAGACCGUGCAGCACAGCGUGACACUCACCUAACUGCAUGGUUUAAAUUAAAUGUUGAAAAUGAACAAUCCCGACACUAUCCAUAUGUUGAAAUUCCUUACCACUUUGUUUUUGAUAGCAAACAUUGUAAAUGGAAAGUUAGGCAAAGAGGUAGCAAUAAGGUGAUUGUUAGGAUGUAUAAAGUGAGUCCAAUAGGUGAAAUAUUUUAUCUUAGAAUGUUACUUUUGCAUGUUAGAGGUGCAGUUUCUUUUGAAGAUUUGCGUACUGUUAAUGGUACAGUUUUUAAUACAUUCCGAGAAGCAUGUUCUCAAUUAGGUCUGUUACAAGACGACGCUGAAUGGAGAAAUACAUUAACUGAGGCUGCUGCAACUCGGUUGCCAAAUCAAAUUAGACAGAUGUUUUCCAUUAUUUUGACUUUCUGUGAACCUGAUGAUCCAUAA